AUGCGCUCUCUAGCUCUCCUCAUCAUCUUGGCUGCCCGGGCCAAUGCCCUCUGCUACUACCCCGACGGCACUCCUGCUCCUGGCGAUGUCCCGUGUACCGACAGCACAGACAAUUCCGUCUGCUGCGGCACUGGCUAUGCGUGCCUGUCCAACGGCAUCUGCCAGGCUACCGGAGACGAGCUGCAGAAGCCGGGUGCCAGCGAAUUUGUGCGCGGAAGCUGCACCGACAAGACCUUUAGGAGCUCUUCUUGCCCGUCGUUUUGCGGAACUCCCGAUGUGGACAAUGUCGGUGGUGGCGAGGGCAUGCAGAAGUGCACAAACACAAGUCAGGAUGUGUACUGGUGCGUCAACCAGCAGAAUAUCGACCUGUCGCAGAGCGAAGAUGUCUGCAGCGACUCCAACGCUGUGGUCUUCUUUCCAGGUACUCCGACGGCAUUCACAACCAUUGGUGUAGCUCAAAGGUCUACAUCUAGCACGAGCUCACCAACAUCGACCCCGACGACCAUGUCGACGUCAACAACGCCUUCCUCAUCUCCCACAAACACUGGCACAGGAACAGGAACAGGAACAUCCGCUCCCACUUCUACUUCUACCUCACCCCCAGCCGAGACAACGCCAACAUCGAGUGGCAGCAAAUCGAACGGAGGCGUCAUUGGUGGCGCCGUGGGCGGCUCUCUAGGCGGUGCAGUGGCCAUUGGCAUCUUGGCCUUCUUUUUCCUCCGCAGACAGAGAGGUCGCAGGGACACGGGGAUUCACGAGAUGGACUACACUCCUGUUGAGCCAAAGUCAUCGGCGACUCCUCUGGUGCAUCAUCCCUCAACGCCGCACGGCCCCGACGAUGUCAUACCCGUCCAUGAAGUCCCUGGUUCGACCGAGUUCGAAUCAGUAAAGAGACAUACCCCAGAUGAGCCCAUGGAGCUGCCAGCUUGA